CAAACUGUGUCUCUAAUUACUGUGUAUUUGCAUAGAGGAGCUGCAGAAAACAUUUUAGCACGUUCGAGUUAAUCCCCUAGAUAAAUGGGAAAUGCACCCUUAAGAGUUGUGCUUCACUACUCAAGAUACGCAACCAGGCUGUGGUCGAAACAGUGUAGUACAGUAACGCCAGGCUGGGACUCCUCGAAACAGCUCGGACAUUCAUUGGAGACUAAACAGUGACACCCUGUGGCAUAAUGCUGCAACUGCACUUUGAGCUCAUUUUAAUUCACUAAAAUAAAGCCUCCAUUUAUGAACUUUUAUCUGGGCGCGGGGGUAUGGUAAGCAUAUUGAAAACUAUGGCGAAUUUAGCAAAUAAAGGAAAUGAUCAUUUGAAUUGUAUAAAAUAACAAAACAAUAUAUUUGACAGCUACUUUAUGCAUUUUUUUUUUUACAACAAAAGAGAGCCGUUCUGGCGUCGCAAUUGCUCAGAACGGCUCUCAAAGCCGGUUUUAUCAUGAUUGAGGUGGUGAUGGUUUUUAAGCACCGCAGCUGGAAACAUAUCGACAGAAAACGAGAAGGACACCGCGCGUGUGGUGGUGGUCGGGGCUGUGAGGGACCUGGGGAGAGCUGGAGAGGAACGGCUAUUAAAUAUUCAUUGCGGACAUGUGUUCGGUGGUAUAAACUUACCUGCAAGCUGCUGUGACAGCCGGUGUCAAGGUGUGGAGAUCGUGUUCAGCUGAGGUAGCUCUUGAGAGACGAGGCUUUGUGUGUGUGUGUGUGUGUGUGUGUGUGUGUGUGUGUGUGCGCGUACGGAAGCGCUCGCAAGAGAGCUGUUUGUGUGAAGCCGGACCUCGACUGUUUGCAAACUCUGUAAUAUUUAUUACAUUAAAACAACCAGCAGACAUUGUGCUGUGUUAGCGGAAGAAAAGCUCACUGGAGGGGCGAUUGAGUCAACUCCUCGACCGAGCUUGGUAACGUGGUCUGGACAACAUCAAUACCCGUAGGCGACUAACGGUGUGUUCCCCUUGGAGAUGCAAUUCAGUGGCCGGGAGAAUCCUAAAAACUACAAUCUGGAGCAAGUCUGAUCUGAACAAACCUGGUUAUGAGACCCUGGCGGCAGGAGGCAAGAUGAUCGGGGGCGAUGGUCGCAGGCGGCGGGGGGUCUGGCUGCUUCUUCUCCUGGGGGGUCUGGCCGUGGCUCUGGGGGGUUCCCUCCUGUCCUGCCCCCCAAAAUGCGAGUGUUCCUCCGGCAAGCGGACGGUGUCGUGCGCCCGCAGACGCCUGACCUCCGUCCCGGAGAACAUCCCCUCCGACGCGGAGCUCCUGGACCUGAGCAGGAACCGGCUGAAGAGCCUCAGCUCGGAGGAGUUCUCCAACCUGCCCCGGCUCCUGGGGCUCGACCUGAGCGAGAACAUAAUCUCCGCUGUGGAACCCGGCUCUUUCCGCAACCUGCCCAGCCUCCGCACCCUCCGUCUCCGCGGCAACCGGCUCAAGAUCCUCCCGGUGGGCUUGUUCUCCGGCCUCCAGAGCCUCAGGGUCCUGGACCUCCGCGAGAACCAGAUCCUGGUGUUCGUCGACCACACCUUCAGGGAGCUCUCGAACCUGCGGCAGCUGGAGGCCGGAGAGAACGACCUGGUCUUCCUCUCCCACCGGGCCUUCUCCGGCCUCCACAACCUCCAGGAGCUGACCCUGGACAAGUGCAACCUCACCUCCAUCCCCGCGGAGGCCCUUUCUCAGCUCCACGGGCUGCUCCUGCUGAGCCUCCGACGGCUUGGCAACGUUGGCGGGCUCCAGGACCUUUCGUUCAGGAGGCUGCAGCGCCUCAGGAGCCUGGAGAUCAGGCAGUGCCCCUCGCUGGGCACCCUGGCAGGGAACAGCCUCCUGGGGCUCAACCUCACCUCGCUGUCCAUCACCGGAUGCAACCUGAGCUCCGUCCCCUACCUGCCUCUCCGACAUUUGGUCUACCUCCGCUACCUCGACCUCUCCCACAACCCCAUCUCUGUGGUGCAGGGCCACCUGUUAGGAGACCUCCUCAGGCUGCAGGAGUUCCACUUGGCCGGCGGCAAGCUGCUAACCGUCGAGCCGGGGGCUUUUCGGGGCUUGACCUACUUCCGGCUGCUCAACGUCUCCUCGAACCUGCUGCCCACCCUGGAAGAGGGGGUCUUCCACUCGGUGGGCAACCUGGAGACCCUCAGGCUGGACGGGAACCCCCUGGCUUGCGAUUGCCGGCUGCUCUGGGUGGUCCGCAGGCGGCUGCGUUUGAACUUUGACGGCCGCCAGCCCUCCUGCUCCUCCCCGGAGUUGGCCCGCGGGAGGGAGUUUAAGGACUUCACCGAAUCUCAGUUUCCGGGGCAAUUCAGCUGCAGGAGGCCCCAGAUCUUAGACCGGAAGCCUCAGGACGUCCGAAUUGAGGAAGGCAACACGGUUCUGUUCUCCUGCCGGGCAGACGGGGAUCCAGCCCCGAGGAUCUCCUGGCUCACCCCGCAGAAGGCAGUCCUGACCCCCAGCGGCAGGGUCCGGGUGCUUCUCGACGGGAGCCUGGAGGUCCGGUACGCUCAAGUCCAGGACGGCGGGAUCUACCAGUGCGUGGCGAGCAACGCGGCCGGGAAUGACAGCCUGCCAGUCAGCCUGCAGGUGCGCGGAUUCUCCCUGUCGUCAUCGGCAGCACGCAACCGCAGCUCCCUGUACUUCUCGGACCUGCAGCCGACCCCCUUCAACGCCUCUUCCUCUCCGGGGCCCCGCCCCUACCCCUACGACGCCAAGACCCUCGUCAUCGCCACCACCAUGGGCUUCCUGUCCUUCCUCAGCUCGGUGGCCAUCUGCUUCGUCUUCAUAUUUUUCUGGAGCCGUGGGAAGGGGAAGAUUAAACACAACACCACCAUUGCCUUCGUGCCACGGGGCGGGGGGGGAGGGGGCGGAGGAGGGGGAGGGGAAGGGGGCGAUGGGGCCAAGUUCUCCAUGAAGCUCAUGUGAGGAGGGCUUUUGAAGCCUGAAACCAAGGACUCAAUAGCAUAGCCAGUUCACUAGCUAACCUUAAAGGUAGGCUUGGUGGUCCAGUGGUUAAAGAAAGGGGUCUUCAUACCAGGAGGUUCCUAGUUCAAUCCCGACUCAGCCACCAACUCACUGCGUGCGACCCUGAGCAGGUCACUUCACCUCCUUGCGCUCCGUCCUUCGGAUGAGACGUAAAACAAACGAGGUCCCAUUGGAAGUGACUCUGCAGCAGUUGUUGAUGAUGCACCAUUCUCCCCCUUAUACUCUUUGGAUGAAAGCAUCCGCUAAACUAAUUAAUAAUGAAUAAUAAUAAAGACCCUUGCUGAUUCCCUUGGUUCCUCCCAGUUUUUCCGAUGGCAGUUUAAUAUAUAAUCAGGGAUGGGAGCUCCUGUUGUAUCGCAGUUUCACCCAGUCCAGAUUUUAAUACCAGCUUGAUUUUCAACAGCGUGUGUAUAGCUCUGGACAAAAGUUUAGCAUCCCCCUAUAGAAUGAACUCAUUCUGCUUCAUACAGUCGAAUGAAACCUGCUGAAUAACGUUACGUUAACAUAUUGAAUCGCACACCAGCCGCUUUUGUUUAGUUUUCCCAUAUAUUUAACAAAAAAGAAACCAAAAAAAUUGACAUUUUGAAAUUGAACUGUACUGCUAUCAUGGCUUCCUUCCUUUUGCGAUAUUAUUUUGUAGUUUAUUUGAUUUACAUGAUGUGAAAUAAAACAUCUAAAUUAUGUUCCGAUGAAAUGAUAUCUCAAUCCCCAAAUUCUAGGUGAUGCAAAACUUUUUCAUAGGAUGUGGGCGACCUUUUUCAUAAUGUGCCCCCCCCCCACUGAAACAACUUGCUGCCCCCCUGUAGCUGCCCCCCCCAAUAAAACUCCGAACAGCUGCCCCUCUCAAGGACUUAGUAUUUUCUAAACAAUCUUCAUGGAAGCGAAGAAGUGGCUGUUGGAGGUUCGAAUACUUGUUCAAAUAUGCCCUCAGUGAGGGUCCUAUACAUAAGCAAAGCUAUUAUUAUUAUUAUUAUUAUUAUUAUUAUUAUUAUUAUUAUUAUUAUUAUUAUUAUUAUUAAUAAUAAUAAUAAUUGGUUGACAUUAGAAUGCUUUAUUUUGAAAAAGUUUUUAAAAAGGACUCUGUAAAUGCACCUUUUUUACUACAAUGUUUAGUGUAAAGAUAUUUUGUGG